AUGAACAACGGAGUCCCGCUUGUCAACUCAAACAACAUCAACAGCGUCAUUAACCCAAACACAGCCCCGCUUCUCACAGGCCUAGGCGGCGCACAGACCAGCACAGUGAUCCAAAACACCAACGCAAACUCCAACGACGCCCUCAGCACCAACAGUCUCCCCUUUGUAACCGCGGGAAACCUCCCUCCAGGUGCUGCUCUCCAGCAUCUCAUGUUUGGAACCAUAACCGUUGUGGACGAUGAGCUAACCGAAAGCCACGAGCUAGGCUCAGCGGUUAUAGGGAAGGCUCAGGGGUUUUACCUGGCUAGCUCCUUGGAUGGGACGAGUCAGACACUUUCUCUGACCGUGUUGCUAGACAGAGAGCAUGACCAUCAUGACACUUUGGACGAUGCUAUUAGCUUCUUUGGUGUUCACAGGACAGCCUCUCAUGCCUCUCAGAUUGCUGUUAUCGGCGGGACGGGGAAGUUUGAGCAUGCUAAAGGGUAUGCUAUAGUGGAGACUCUGCAUAACCAGAACAACCAGCAUAUCACUGAUGGUCAAGACACUAUUCUACACUUCAGUGUAUACCUCACCUACUACAAAGCUUGA